AAGUAUUGUCGUUAUUACGAAAUAAAGGAAGUAUAUAAAAAUAAAAAAUAGUGUAAAAUUUUAAAAAAAAAUAACUGCGUGAAUCUCCCCACCCACAUGGAAAAGACCGUCACUGUCCUUAUUACAACACUGAACACUCCCAAAUCUCACCUCUCAUCUCCUUCCAUUUUAAAAGAGAGACACCAUUCAAGAUUCAACGCAUAAUUUCAGACAAACCCAUUUCAUUUCUCUCUCUUCUUACCACCAUCUCUCUCAUUUUCUCUCUCUAAAAAAUGGGUUUCCAAGGAAACGAUUCAUCCGACACCAAACCCUUCAACUUCCUCAUCUACGGUCGGACCGGUUGGAUCGGUGGUUUACUCGGCAAACUCUGCGAUUCCCAAGGCAUUUCCUACACUUACGGUUCAGGCCGUUUGGAAAACCGGUCUUCCUUGGAGGCUGACGUGGCAGCUGUCAAACCCACCCACGUGUUCAACGCUGCCGGAGUAACCGGUCGUCCUAACGUUGACUGGUGUGAGUCCCAUAAAGUUGAGACUAUUCGUGCCAACGUUGUUGGGACUCUUACUUUGGCUGAUGUUUGUCGGCAAAACGGCCUCGUUUUGAUCAAUUAUGCAACUGGGUGUAUUUUUGAGUAUGAUGAUAAACAUCCUAUUGAUUCUGGGAUUGGGUUUAAGGAAGAGGAUACUCCUAAUUUUAUUGGAAGUUUUUAUUCUAAGACCAAAGCUAUGGUUGAGGAUUUACUUCAGAAUUACGAGAAUGUAUGCACAUUGAGGGUGCGCAUGCCAAUCUCCUCUGAUUUAUCCAACCCCCGCAAUUUCAUAACCAAGAUUGCCAGGUAUGAGAAGGUGGUCAACAUUCCCAACUCAAUGACAAUCUUGGAUGAGCUGCUUCCCAUCUCCAUUGAGAUGGCAAAGAGAAACCUCACAGGAAUCUACAACUUCACAAACCCUGGUGUUGUUAGCCAUAACGAAAUUUUAGAGAUGUACAGGGAUUACAUUGACCCCAAAUUCACAUGGAAAAACUUUACCCUUGAGGAGCAAGCUAAGGUGAUCGUUGCUCCAAGAAGCAACAACGAGCUUGAGACCACCAAACUGAAGACAGAAUUUCCUGAGCUUCUACCCAUCAAGGAGUCUCUCAUAAAGUAUGUGUUCGAGCCAAACAAGAAAACAGCUGAAGUUGCAGCUUGAUAAUAGUCUGUCUAGGUCAGAACUUUUACUUCCACUCUCUAAAUUGCUAUUAUUUGGACUGAGUUGGAUUGGGUUUUGCAUACUUUCUUCAAUUUAGGCAUCAUUGUUAUUGAAAUUUACGAGUAAUUGUUGCCAUUAUGUACUAUGUCUAUUUGUAUUCUUUCUUCUCAAGCACAAAAGGAAAGGAGUGAUGUUUUGUAUUUGUAACAAUUGGAUUUUGAAUAAAUUAGUUGAGGCUGAGAUUUGUGCCAUAAUUACAUUUCAAUAUAUGCUGAUUGUUCGUUCGACUUA